UUCUAAUGGCUAGCUACUACAUCCAACAAAACACAAACCAAGAUCUUUCUUCAGAGAAAACAGAGUUUCUGCUUUCAGAAUUUGUUUUCUGUGAAUAUCCCAUUCAAAUUCAUACUACAAACAGUUCAAAGGAAAAAUGGCAAUCGGCAUGGGGCACAUUCUCCGUGGGAAACAUGGCCUCAGAAGGUCUUCCUCAAGAACUAACAGAGAAGGCGAGGUUCCCAAGGGUCACUUUGCAGUCUAUGUAGGCGAGGGCGAGAAGAAACGCUUUGUUCUUCCAAUUUCAUACUUGAAGGACCAUUCAUUCCAAGACUUGCUAUGUCAAGCCGAAGAAGAAUUCGGAUUUGAUCAUCCAAUGGGUGGGCUUACGAUUCCUUGUCUAGAGGACUCCUUCCUGGGCAUCAUCUCUAGAAUUAGUAGAUCUUGAUACAUUUUAGACAUUUUAGUUUAGUCAUUAGAACAACAUUCCAGAGAUAUAACAUAUUUUUUUGUACAGUGUUCUGUUUUUCCCCCAUCAGAUCGGGAAAUAUAUAUUUUUUGAAAUUAAUGGAAGAUCUAUUU